AAGAUGAGCCAUCCUGUGUUAAUUAUUAGUAAAAGGAUGAUGAGGAAAGUAACUAAUAAAGGGACCUUCCUGACUUGCUAGUAGAAUUCCACGUUAAUUUCCUAUUUUAGAUAUCCCCUGAGAACUAAAUCACUCCUGGAAGUUGAAUCUAAUCCGGAUCUCUCACCACAUGACAGCCCAGUGGUUAUGUCUUGCUCCCCUCUCCCUGUCUUUCUCAUCCCCACGAUCCCACAGUUGCUAUUAUUUUCAACUUGGAAGUAAGCUUGAGAAGAAAACCUAAAUAUAAUGUGAAACGGUAAUGAUUUUACUCAUUUUCCGCAUCGUAAACAUCUGACAGCCUUGUUGAUCAAUUUCCUAUAGCUUGUCUUACAAGCGAUUGACUGCCUUUGCGAUGUACUAUCCCCUAAAUUAUGUUUAAAAUGUUAUUUCCACUGAAAGAACUAUAGUAACGUUUAUUUUGUGCAUUUGUACAGAGUCUCCUUUUUCUCCCCACCCCCCCAAGCCCACUAUCACAAUUGAAACUUGGCCAGAAUAUCCAUUACUCGAAUGUUGGAUAAAAGAUAACUUGGUAAAAAUAGUUUUGCUCUCUUGUGAGAAUGGGGGAAAUUUGAACAGAUUAUGAUUAAAUAGCCAUGGAAGAGUCGGGUAGCUUGGCGAACAGAAAGCCGGAGUAGGGUUGAUUUCCUGGCACUGCUUUCUUAGCAAAGAGAACAAUUUUAAUCAGUUACAAAAAUAUUUGUGAUCCGUAUGUUCCUCUGCUCAUCCCCAUCUGCCCAUAUUCUCUUUUAUCUCGGUAGAUGAUAACUUUAUGAUUCAGGCGUGCAAGGAUAAUACCUCACUGACUUUGGAGCUCGGUGCUAUUUCAAAACGUGUCCUGGUAAUUACGCCACACACACACACACACACACACACACACACACACACACAUCCAGGCUGUUCCCGCUUUGGGUUGGUUACGUGAAUACCAGUUUGUUUUUCCUCUGUCUUCGUGGAAAGAAAUAUAUCUUGUAUCCACCUGCUGGGGCUGGAAUAAUGCAUCUGAGGCUUAGAUUUGAAAACUGCGUUGCCAUUCACCUGCUGGAUUAAAUGCCACUUUGCAAAUAGGAGGAUCAGAGAAGGAAGACCAAAAGAUCGUGGUGAUCGUUGAUAACUUCAUUUUCUCUGGGAAAAGGAAAACAGAAGCCACAGAACAUGUGCUGCAUGGUGUUUAGCAACAAAAGAAGCAUCGGAAAGCCAACUUGGCCAUUGUAAUAAGACAGGAAUGAGGCUAGAAAUCACUGACUCCGUUAGUGAUCCCGCUUUCAACAGUUGUUCCCGCCUUGCACAACAAAUGGUGUUGUAAUCCAAUAUGUUGUCCUUAGAGCCACGGUAAAAUCUGCCAAUGCUCGCUAAAUCAAAAUCUUCAAGUACGCUUCAUUAAAAAGGAGGCACGGAAACGGCAUUAGACUAUAUGAUACUCAUCUACGAUUGAAGCAAAGAGCCUUUGGUUUUUUAAAAAAGGAGGCAAGACUUUUAGCUCACAGGGUGAUCUGGAUGCUCAUUGAGGCAGACACACGAACUGGUUGACGAUGGGUCACGCCGUGUAAGGGAAUCGCAGGGAGAUGGGCAUUCUGAACUGUUAAUGGGGACAUGGGACUCCAGUUGUCUCUGAUCACUGGUGUGGAUUUUCCCGGGGUAGAGCGACAGAAGCCGCCAGUAAGUCGCCAAGACCUACGUCAGGAGCUCUGCGCGAAAGGGCAUCAAACCUUGUGAUUUUAAUUUGCGUCCGGGAGGAUGUCCGAGCCAGGAGACCUGAAUCCGGCCAUCGUGGAGGAAGGCGGGACUGAGCAGGAGUCGGCCACCCCAGAGAAUGGCAUUGUGAAAUCCGAGAGUCUAGAUGAAGAGGAGAAACUCGAAUUGCAGAGGCGACUGGCAGCUCAGAACCAAGAAAGAAGAAAAUCCAAGUCAGGAGCGGGAAAAGGUAAACUGACUCGCAGCCUUGCUGUCUGUGAAGAAUCCUCGGCCCGACCAGGGGGAGAAAGUCUUCAGGACCAGGAAUCAAUUCAUUUACAGCUUUCCAGUUUUCCCAGCCUGCAAGAGGAUGAUAAAUCUAGGAAAGAUGACUCAGAAAGAGAAAAAGAAAAGGAUAAAAACAAAGAUAAAACCUCUGAAAAGCCCAAGAUCAGAAUGUUAUCAAAAGAUUGCAGCCAAGAAUACACGGAUUCUACUGGCAUAGACUUGCAUGAGUUUCUGAUUAACACAUUAAAGAAUAAUUCCAGGGACAGGAUGAUACUCUUGAAAAUGGAGCAGGAGAUUAUUGAUUUCAUUGGUGACAACAAUAAUCAUUAUAAAAAGUUCCCUCAGAUGUCAUCCUACCAGAGGAUGCUUGUCCAUCGCGUGGCCGCUUACUUUGGGUUGGAUCACAAUGUGGAUCAAACAGGGAAAUCUGUUAUCAUCAACAAGACCAGCAACACAAGAAUACCAGAGCAAAGGUUUUGUGAACAUUUAAAAGAUGAAAAAGGUGAAGAAUCCCAGAAGCGGUUUAUCUUGAAGCGAGAUAACUCUAGUAUUGAUAAAGAAGACAAUCAGCAAAACAGAGUGCAUCCAUUUAGAGAUGACAGACGAAGUAAAUCAAUUGAAGAGAGAGAAGAGGAGUAUCAGAGAGUGAGGGAGAGAAUAUUUGCACACGAUUCAGUUUGCUCCCAGGAAAGCCUUUUUGUGGAAACCAGUAGGCUCUUGGAAGACAGUAACAUAUGCAAUGAGACCUAUAAGAAAAGACAGCUCUUUCGGGGCAACAGAGAUGGCUCGGGGAGAGCAGCCGGGAGUCGACAGAGCAGCUCCGAGAAUGAGCUCAAGUGGUCGGACCACCACAGGCCCUGGAGCAGCACAGACUCUGAUGGCUCCAACCGCAAUCUCAAGCCCGCCAUGGCCAAGACGGCAAGUUUUGGGGGCAUCACGGUGCUGACCAGGGGCGACAGCACAUCCAGUACCAGGAGCCCCGGGAAGUUGUCCAAAGCAGGUAGCUCUGAGUCUAACAGCAGCACGGGCUCCUCCGGGUCGCUGCCCCGCACCCACGCACCUCUGCAGAGCGCGCCCCUGGCCCCAAGCGUGUCCACCGGCUCUCCUGGCUGCGUGCCCUAUCCCGAGAACGGAGGAGGGGGCCAGGCCGCCCCUAGCACGAGCUACAUCCUCCUUCCACUCGAGGCUGCGACAGGCAUCCCGCCCGGAAGCAUCCUGCUCAACCCGCAUACAGGCCAGCCCUUUGUGAAUCCCGACGGAACCCCUGCCAUAUACAACCCCCCCAGCAGCCAGCAGCCCCUGCGAGGCACCAUGAUGGGGCAGUCCCAGCAGCCACCACAGCAGCAGCCCUCUCCUCAGCCACAGCAGCAGGUGCAGCCACCCCAGCCACACUUGGCGGGCCCACUGGUCACUCAGUCGGUGCAGGGGCUACAGGCUUCCUCUCAGUCAGUGCAAUACCCAGCGGUCUCUUUUCCUCCCCAGCAUCUCCUGCCUGUGUCUCCAACGCAGCAGUUCCCCAUGAGAGACGAUGUGGCGACGCAGUUCACCCAGAUGAACCUGAGCCGGCAAUCGUCAGGAGAGACUCCUGAGCCCCCAUCUGGUCCUGUCUACCCAGCGUCCCUCAUGCCACAGCCAGCCCAACAGCCAAGCUACGUCAUUGCCUCCACAGGCCAGCAGCUCCCUGCUGGGGGGUUCUCGGGCUCUGGACCUUCCAUCUCCCAGCAGGUCCUCCAGGCCCCUCCCUCACCACAGGGAUUUGUGCAACAGCCUCCACCUGCACAGAUGCCCGUCUAUUAUUACCCAUCCGGUCAGUACCCUACCUCAGCCACACAGCAGUACCGGCCCCUGGCCUCCGUUCAGUACGGUGCUCAGAGGGGUCAGCAGAUACCGCAGGCCGCACAGCAAGCAGGUUACCAGCCAGUCCUGUCUGGUCAACAGGGGUUCCAAGGCCUCAUAGGAGUGCAGCAGCCUUCCCAGAGUCAGAACGUGAUGAGCAACCAGCCGGGGAAUCCGGUGCAAGGCGUGAUGGUCUCCUACCCAACAAUGUCUUCUUAUCAGGUGCCAAUGACCCAGGGCUCUCAAGGACUUCCCCAGCAGUCAUACCAACAGCCGAUCUUGCUACCUGACCAGGCAGGUCAAGGGUCGCUCCAGGCCACCGGAAUGCCUGUCUACUGUAACGUCACACCGCCGACCCCUCAGAACAACCUGAGGCUGAUCGGUCCACACUGCCCCUCCAGCACUGUCCCCGUGAUGUCGGCUAGCUGCAGGACAAACUGUGCAAGUGUGAGCCACACCGGGUGGCAGGUCAAAUUCUGAGCACUCUGGCUGCGGUACGUGUCUCCAGAUCGCUCGUGGCCGCUGAGGCAAGAUGAGCAAAGCUGGGACGCUGGCUGAGGACUUAACGUAUUCACUCAACACCCAAACGAUCGCUGCUGGUAUUCUGUAAACACACACACACACACACACACACACACACACACACACAAAGACUGAUACACACAUUAGCUGGUCAAUGGUGCAUAUUUCUGUCAUGUCUGCUAGGUACGCCUUUGUAGCUUAGCUAGUGACAUGAUUUCAUCAAGGUAAGAUUUUCUCCUACCACUGAACACCACUGUGUAGAUGAUAAUAUCCCUCAUUUGGAUUAUUAGUUUUGUACUUUGUGUUGAGUUUGUGAUGCUAACAGUAUUGAAAGAUCAUAUACCGAAAUCACAUCGUACCAAAGCUGUAACGGGAAAGAGAAGAAUUGAUGAAUGGAAGGAAUAAUUUAUAUACGCUAUAGAGUUUUCUUUUCUUUUUUUUUUUAAUGGAUAUAUACUGUAUUGUAGUGUUUAAUCAAAAUAAAACUAUUUGACCUUAUGGAGGAAGGUCAUGUUUUUACCACCA